AUCGAGUCAAGUAGUACGAGGUUCUUGCAAGCAAAACCAAUGGCCCAAAGUGAAGAGCAUGCUACAAAACUUCUUCAAGCUCAAACUCAAGUAUUCAAUCAAAUUUUCAGUUUCAUAAACUCAAUGUCCCUUAAAUGUGCAAUUGAAUUAUCCAUACCAGAUAUCAUACACAACUAUGGCCAACCCAUCCCACUCUCACAACUCAUUUCUUCAUUACCAAUCCACCCUUCUAAAUCCGGCGACAUCGAUCGCUUGAUGCGAGUCUUAACUCAUUCUAAUUUCUUCAUUGUCACUAAAAAUGAACUAGAAGUAAUGUAUGAACUCACUGAUGCAUCUAGAUUAUUGCUUAAGGACCAUCCCUUUAGUAUGACAUCAAUGUUACAUGUUAUACUUGGUCCAAUUAUGAGUAAACCAUGGCAUCAACUUUCUAAUUGGUACAAAAAUGAAGACCCUUCACCUUUUUACACUGAAAAUAAUGGGAUUGAGUUUUGGGAUUAUGCUGGCCAUGAUCCUGAAUUCAAUCACUUGUUUAAUGAAGCUAUGGCUUGUGAAACUAGAAUGGCUUCUACUGUGGUGAUGGGGAAAUGUAAAGGGGUGUUUCAGGGUUUGGAAUCAUUGGUUGAUGUUGGAGGAGGCAUAGGGACUAUGUCUAAGGCCAUUGCUAAGUCAUUUCCAAACAUUGAGUGUAUUGUAUUUGAUCUCCCACAUGUUGUUGAUGGAUUGCAAGGAAGUGAAAACUUCAAAUAUGUUGCAGGUGACAUGUUUGAGUCAAUUCCUCCUACCCAAUCAAUUUUACUCAAGGGUGUAUUACAUGACUGGAAUGAUGAAGAAUGUUUGAAAAUACUAAAGAAAUGCAAGGAGGCAAUCAAGAGCAAAGGUAAAGAAGGGAAAGUGAUAAUCAUAGACGCAGUGAUGGGGAAUGAGAAAGCAGACAACGAAUCAUUUGAAGCACAAUUGUUCUAUGAUUUGGAGAUGAUGGUGUUGGUUAAUGGAAAAGAGAGAAAUGAGAAGGAAUGGUCUAAGUUGUUUUUCUCUGCUGGUUUCAAUAACUACAAGAUAACUCAUGGUCUUGGUUUUAAGUCUCUCAUCGAGGUUUUUCCAUAGUACUAGAAUUAGUAUAGACAUAGAUACUCUUUAAUUAUUGGAUUUUUUUAAUGGAAGAAAAAAAAGAGACGUAUAAUAUUAAAAUAUUAUUUGUCCUUUUUUCACUUUUACUAGAAAAAUACAGUAAUAAGAAGAGCCGAACCGUACUAUAUCAUCUAUUAAUAAUGGGGAGUUGAUAUAUUGUUAUGUGUGUUGAUUUUUCGGUCCCCUUUUUUGCACCAUGUUUGUUGCGUAUGUUCAAGCUAUAUUCUUUCUAUAAAUAUGAUUUGAUUUUGGAUAA